ACACAAAAAUUCUUAUUCUACAUAUUCUAAGAGUGGAGCGAAUUCCAUUUCAUAUAAAUCAAAAGAAAACUUGAAACUGCAUGGUUCAGAUGUAUCUACAUUCAAGGAAACCUAACACAGUCUUUAACACAAAAGAUUCUCCAAACUUAAACGCACACAUUAAUUUUCAACCAAGAAUAAAAAACUUAACUUAAUGACCGAUACUAGUAAUUUGUGCGUUAAUUGUAUUUCAAUUUUUUUACUUUUAUGCUAAGAUGGCAAAUUUUGCUAAUGUUAUUAAUUUUCUUCUAUCUAUAGCGUGUAGCAAUAUUCCUGUAUUUUUUACUAUUAUAGUCACAUGGUACAAUACAUGCAUUAACAAACCAACUGCAGAAAAAAAGAAAAAAGCGAAGACCAAAGAAAGAACUUCAGACUGAUGAAGCCACCAUCUUCUCCUCCUCCUUCCUCUGUGGUCAGAAAACGGAGCUCUGCUCGUCAUCUCUUCACCUUCUUAGCCUCCUUAAUCUUCUUUGUUACCAUCCUUUAUGGCCAAGAUAAGAGUAGCAUAUUUAGCCAACUUGAUCUCAAUCCAAGGCAAACCGACUCAAUUACCAAGAAGGGGAGAGAAAAGUUGCCUUUUGCCAUUGGAGAAGCUGAGAGAGGCUGUGAUAUCUUCAGUGGGAGGUGGGUGCGGGACGAGGCUCGGCCACUCUACGAGGAAGACGACUGUCCGUACAUUCCAGAGCAGCUCGCAUGUCAAAAAUAUGGCCGGCCGGAUAAGGAUUAUCAGCAUUGGAGAUGGCAACCUCAUGGCUGUUCUAUUCCAAGGUUUUGUUUUAAUUAUUUUUCUAUUUUCAUUUUCAAUGCAACACUAAUGCUUGAAACCCUUCGAGGAAAGAGGAUGUUGUUUGUUGGUGAUUCGCUAAAUCGAGGCCAAUUUAUGUCCUUGGUCUGCCUUCUUCACAAAGUCAUCCCUGAACAUGCCAAAUCCAUGGUUUUGAAAGAUUCGAAAAGAACUUUUAUAGCCAAGGAAUAUAAUGCUACAAUAGAGUACUACUGGGCACCCUUUCUUCUUGAGUCGAAUUCAGAUAAUGCCAUUGUACACAGGGUAACUGAUAGAAUUGUUCGCAAUGGCUCGAUUGAUAAGCAUGGACAACGCUGGAAAGGAGCAGAUAUAAUUUUAUUCAACACUUAUCUUUGGUGGAUGGCAGGAAACAAAUUCAAAAUACUACAAGGGUCUUUUGACGAUAAAAUAAAAGACAUAGUCAUGGUGCCGACGGUGGAAGCUUAUCGCAUGGCAAUAAGAGCUAUGUUGGGAUGGAUAGAGAAGAACAUGGAUCUUAAGAGAACGCGAGUUUUUUUCAGCAGCAUGUCUCCUUCGCACGAAAAGUGGGUAAAACAAGUUAAUUUUUUUCCCGUCUCAAGUUACUCUACUGGACUCAAAAACGUGAUGGGUUGCAGGAAGCCAGGAACGCAGCUAGGGAGCAAAGAAUGGGGUGGUGAUCCUAAUGGUAGCUGUUACAAGGAAACAAAGAUGAUAGAAGAUCCUACAUAUUGGGGAUCCAGCACUCGGAGAAACAUAAUGGAGGCAAUUGGGGAAAUGUUUAGUGAAACGAACAUUCCAAUUACGUUUCUUAACAUCACACAUCUCUCGAAUUACAGGAAGGAUGCACAUACGACGAUUUACAAGAAGCAAUGGGUGCCUUUAACCCCAGAACAGAUAGCAAACCCCAUUAGCUCUGCUGAUUGUGUGCACUGGUGCUUGCCUGGCAAUUCCAUUAUAUUAAUCAAUGUAACCGACAACACAAAAUCUCAUUCAAUUAAACCAUAUUCAAUCAUUUUUAUCAACAAUAGGUCAUGUUUUGUUGACCGAUAUGGAGGUGGUGGUGAAAAGUUGGGACCUACGGUGCCGUCUUCUAGUGGUAGGGGUAAUUGGGCCAGGAUCUAUCGCAUCAACUCAGAUUGUUGGGCUUGCUCAGCAUGGAUAUCUCGAACCCUAGUCUCCAAACUGCCUAAACGGUCUUAUGUCUCAUUUGCUCUUAACUGGAUACCAUCCACCUAA